AGGGAAGGAUUUAUCAAAAAAGGUUGGGGUUCGCGUGCAGGCUUAUGCUAUGCCGUUAUGAGUGAUAACGGUUUGUUUAGUUUACGCUUCACGUUUUGCGAGUAGCCUAGUUCCUGUAGUUGUUGGCUCAUGGCGUCAGGACUGUCUGUAUUGAUACGAAUAAGUAGAUACUGUACAUUUUCAACGCCGCGAUUCCUUUCGACGUUGAUCAACAGGACCGAGUCGAAGCGGUGGUUUGCUGUGAAAAGAAUAAAAAUGAAACUUAAUGAAGAAGAAAGAAAUACACAACUUGGUCCAUUGUUGAAUUCUGGAUGGGCAAUGGAUUCAAGUGGGAGAGAUGCUAUCAAGAAAGAAUAUUUAUUUAAAAACUUUAACGAAGCAUUUGGAUUUAUGACGAGAGUUGCUCUGAAAGCAGAAAAAAUGGAUCACCAUCCUGAAUGGUUCAAUGUCUAUAACAAAGUGCAAAUAACAUUGAGUACUCAUGAUGUUGGAGGACUUUCUGCAAAGGAUGUAAAACUUGCAACAUUUAUUGAAGAGGCUGCAUCAUCGUUUACAAAAUAAUACUGUAUUUUGAUAUCUAUCUGGGCCAAAAAGUAUGGGUGAUAGGUGAAAAGUGAUACUUUGUUUAGAGAUGUUUUUCUCUUUUUUUUGCAAGCAAUCAGGUCUGAAUAAGUAUGCUAAAGUACGCCAAAGCUUCUCAUGCACCAGAAUAGCACAGGCCUAAAUUUGUUCGUUUGAUACUGCUAUUACUAAACUCUUUCGAAUGGAUAAUUCAAGCUUUUUUUGUAAUUGAAUGGGGAGAAAUUUUAAUUGUUGGUUGCGUGGUUGUAGUUAUCUUUAGCAUCGUUUUACAACAGCAAUUCAAAAAUAUAACUUCCAGUUUUGGUUGUGAAUUGUGCAAUAAACUCUUACUGGUUA